CACCACCAACACAGCCGCCAUGUCCGCCACGCCAAACACGCCCGACGACACGCGUCCCGUCGUCUUCAUCACCGGCUGCUCGUCGGGCAUCGGGCGCGCGCUGGCCGUCGAGUUUGCCGGCGCCGGCAAGCACCGCGUCGUGGCGACGGCGCGCAAGAUGAGCGCCCUCGAGACGCUGCCGCCCAACGUGUGGCGCUUUGCCCUCGACGUCACCGACGCCGAGAGCGUGCGCGAGGCCGUCGAUGAGGCGGUGCGCCAGCUGGGUCGCAUCGACCUGCUCAUCAACAACGCAGGCACGAAUGCGGCCGUCGGGCCCGUGGUGGAGGUGGACAUUGAGCGGCAGCGCCAGACGUUUGAGGCCAACUACUUCGGCCUUCUGCGCGUGACGCAGGCCGUGGCGCCGCACAUGAUCAAGCAGCGCUCGGGCACCAUCGUCAACGUCGGCUCGACUGCGGCCCUGUGCCCGCUGCCGUACGCCGGCGCAUACGCGGCGUCUAAGGCUGCUGUGCACGCCGUGUCCGACUGCAUGCGCGCCGAGCUCGCUGGCUUUGGCAUCAACGUCGUCAUCCUCGCUCCCGGCGCGAUCAAGUCGUCGAUCGGCGACGCGGGCGAGGGCACGAUCCAGCUCGCCAAGUCGUCGAGCUACGAGAAUGUGGCCGACAUGAUCAAGUACCGUGCGCAGUACUCGCAGCUCGGCCACCCCACGCCUACGGCUGAGUUUGCCGCCGUGGUGCGCAAGGCGGUGGUGAAGCGGCGGCCGCGUGCUUACCUCGUGACGGGCGCGAAGUCGACGAUGGCCUUCAUCAUGUACUACAUGCCCGGCCGCUUCCGCGACUUCUUCCUCUCGCGCAUCUUCCAGCUGUGGCGCGUCGGCCGCAGUGCCUGAGUUGCGUCUGGCUGCUUUCCAACAUCGUCGGCGGUCGCUCGAUGAGCACCGUGCGAAGUGUUUCUUCGAGUGCUGCUUCUUUGCCCGUGCUUGCUCCUGUUGGCCUUUCGCUCUGUCACCCUGUGAAUGUAUCAGAGAUACCAGAUG